CUGUGUUUGCUUCCCUUUAGGCAGCGUGCCGUCCCUGGCUGCGGGACUGCUCUUCGGCAGCCUAGCCGGCCUGGGUGCUUACCAGCUGUCUCAGGAUCCAAAGAACGUUUGGCUUUUCCUAGCUACAUCUGGUACCUUGGCUGGCAUUAUGGGAAUGAGAUUCUACAACUCUGGAAAAUUCAUGCCUGCAGGUUUAAUUGCAGGUGCCAGUUUGCUGAUGGCCGCCAAAGUUGGAGUUAAUAUGUUCAACAGACCCCAUUAGCAGAAGUCAUGUUCCAGCUUGCACUGAUGAAGGAUUAAAAAUCUGCAUCUUCCACUGUUUUCAAUGUAUUAAGAGAAAUAAGUGCAGCAUUUUUGCAUCUGACAUUUUACCUAAAAAAAAAAAGACACCAACCUUGGCGGAGGGGUGGAAAAUCAGUUGUUACCAUUAUAACCCUACAGAGGUUAUAAUGAGGAUGGAACAUGAGCUUAUGGAGACCCUCAUAGAGAUCGAUUCUUGUGUAUCGAUGUUAUCUCUUCUUUCUGUAUCUGCAGGUAAAUCUCAAGAGUAAAAUGUUAGGUGUCAACUGUGAGGGCCCUGAAACCUCAUUCCGUGCUCUGAGGAACAGUGUGAAAAAAUCUCUUAUGAGAUUUAGAAUAUCUGUUCUUUUGUUCAUCUUAGAUUACAGACUGAAUUUGAAAUUAUGUUAAGUGAAAUAUCAAUGAAAAUAAAGUUUACUAUAAAUAAUA